AUGUCGAAUAAGCAGCAUGACUCUUUAACAGAGCAUCCUCCGGGUAACCUGAAGGAGUGUAUUGAUUGGUUAUUGAGGUUAACGGAGAAGGAUGGGCAAAAUGGUGGUGGCGGUCAGAAUGGCAAUGGUUCCACUGAACUUGGAAAGAAGGUUGUGGAUUUACUAAAGAAGGUUGAUGAUGCCACUGAGAAACUCGAAAAUGACCAAAAAGUGCUUAAAGCAGUGACGAAGAAUGGUAAUGGUACUAAUUUGAUCACCACCUUGGCCGAUAACUUGGCGAAGUUCAUUGGUUACAAUGGUGGUAACGGUGACCUGGACGGCAAAGGUAUUGGUAAGAAUAAUGGUGGUACUAAGUACACGUCUUCCUAUAAUGGCAAUGAAGCUAAGUGCAAAUGGAGUGAAGCAAUGAAGCUUGACAACGACCACAACACUUGCGCCUCGAUCUUCCUCGGCACGCUCCCCGUGAUCUUCUCCGGUCUAAGUUAUCUCUAUUGGCAAUGUAAUAAAGGUACUGGUGGUCGUGGUGAUCGUUGGUGUAAGGGCACUUAUAAAAUCCACGAAACCAACCCGCUUGGCAUCUAUUUCAUCGCUUGUGGUUAUGACCCAACUAAACUCAAUGACAAACAGGCAGGUGAUGCUGUCAAAACGUUACUCGGCGAAACUUGUUUCAAAGAAGAAUUCAAAAACAACGGCGCCAAAGUUGACGGCCCCUACCCCGUGUACAUCAAAGAAGUACUAGACAAAACUAACUAUAGCAAUACCACUGACCACCCCCUCUCCAGUCUCUACAUCGCAUCGCAAUACUAUUUCACAUACAAACAAACCCUGCAGAAAGAAUGCAAUCGUCAACCAACCACCAUUAGAGAAAUGCUAUAUUGGUUAAUGGCCCUUCCCUAUAGUGGGUGUUUCCAAUAUGCUGAACAGGAGAUUAAGAAUGGUAUUAAAAAGCAUGGUAGUGGUAUUAUACCAUUCGAAGGGGGUCCCACCUUAAAGCCUACUGAUCCCCUCGACUGUCUUAUAUCAACCACUUGUCAUUACGCCGCUGUGGUCCUAUCCACUAUACAAGGUAAAUUGUGUACACCCAAAGACACAAAGACAGAUGAGACAACCAAACCAAAUCCACCUAAUAUACACAGCAUCUAUUCCAACUCCCACUUCAAAUUCUCAUACCCAACCACCGUCAUUGAUUGGUUCAAUAAAUUGUGGGAUAUAGUGUAUGCACUAAUUACACAAUUAUUCUUCCUCAAAGAGCAGUGUAUAACAUGUCUAUACGGUGGCUGCGGUUGGAAAUAUUGCAAAUAUGGUAAUGGUAUCAAAUAUGAAAACGUUAAAUCUUGGAUAUGUACUGCUCCGCCCGGUACACAGGGAACACCAUCCCAAUCACCUCAUGACUGCGCCACCGCGAAAUGCGCCACUGCCCACAUCCAAGCUUGCGGCAAAGACAAACCCUCCCCCCUCCAAGCUUUCCUAACAGAUUGUCUAACCGGUUUCCAAUGCGAAUCUCUUAAAAAUAAAAAAUGUCAAAUUCAAAAUGGUCAACUUGUAUCGACAAAUGGUGGUGACCUUGUGUCUUACUCUUCACAUGUUUCCCAUCGUCAGUUUCGUUUAUAUUGCCCAGUACCAAUGGGAUUCAACAAAGACUGUCUAUCACACACCGAACGCACAGGUGACUGUAUAUGUUGGAUACUACAUUACUUCACCCAAAAGGACCGUAACUACGUCACUCUCUACAACACAAUAAUAUGUCUAAUAUGCACCGGGUUACGUACCCCCCGUACAGCAGGUGACCUUUUCUGGUUUUUCUAUACCCUUGGACAAUAUUAUGAUACUAAUAAUGGUGGCACUGGUUCUGAGACUCUCAAAUCUUCAAUAGAAUCUCAAAUUGAAACGUACUUGUGGGCAGCCAUUGCUAACAAACCAGAUAAAAAUGAAAUCGGCACCCGUCUAAAAUCUCUAGGUGGUAGUAGCAGUAGUCAUAACGGCAGCACCUCCCACGCCGACCUCUUCAGCCUUAAUGGUUGUUGGAACACCCCUCCCUGUGCCGGUUACCUCGAUCCCAUCAGCCGUCGUAUGUAUUCCAUUUACAUCGCAACCUCGGCAAAAACAUAUAUAUCAUACAUAGUGUAUCUCACAAAAGCUUUGAAAGAUUAUUUACAACAGUUGCUUGAUGAAUUCAAAAAAGUAUCUUGUACUCACUGCAACAAAGAAUGCACAAACAAACCAAAGUGUCACCAAGAUCCAUCCAAAUGCUCCUGCACAAACGUUGUCCAAUGCGCCGGCGUACUAGGCGUCCUUUAUAAGUUUGGAUUCACAUAUUCAAGCGCCAGUGGAUUAAAUGGUCAAUACAAAUCCAAACGCGAGUGGCUCCGCAAAUGCUCCCAAUUCUCCGACCAACUACAAAAUGUCAUCACCGGCGAACCAUUCAAUGACCUCCUCUCAGUCAUCAACGUCUUCCUCUACCACAUCCGCAAACCCUUCCUCUACUACCUCCUCACGUUCUGGCUACUCGCCAUCACCUACCUAACAUACUCACUUACAAUACCACUCGACGUUCUACACCUACGGUCACACCUACGCACUGCCGCGGUAUCACCACUAGUACUACUCACCAACUACGCACAACAACAUGACAUCACAUAUUUCAAACCGUAA